GGUGAACGUUUGAUCAUGAAUCACAAUGAAUGUGUCACCCAAUUAUUUACAGGAAACAGCACAUCAUUACUUUAAAUUGCAAAUUUAGACAUCAGUUAUACGACUCAAAUAAUCCCAAUUACAUUUUCGAUUUUAUCCAAACUGUGCCUUGUCGUACCUUUGUCCGCCACAUCUCCGUAUAAAUAAAUAAAUUAUGUUAAUUAAGUUAUUUGAACGGAUGGUUAACGUCAGUCAGUAUCAGCAUGCUGUGACAAUAACUUUGUUUAUAGUGAGUCUUUGUGGUUAUAAAUGAACAUUCCGAUCGACUUUACCUUCGUAUUAUUUUAAUCAUUCACAAGGCGAAAGUCCAAUGAUCAACACAAUUAUUUUAUUAUCUCUGUGUUUCCGUUUCGGGACCACUUAUCCCAAAGAAUUCACUCGAAGAUGUGGCCGAGUACACCUGACAAUCUCAGCGUCCCAAGACACGAAUUUAGAACUCAACUGGAUCACUGAUUGCACUCCUCCUGAUAACAUCAGACCAGAUUACAUCGCUUUGUACCCUUACAAUUUAAAAGACAGAAGCGAGGAGACACCGCCACUUGUCAAAAUCCGAGCUUCGGAUUAUCCUUCGGGAUACUACAAAACCAAAAUUAAAUUCGGCCAACCCUGGCUUCCCGGAAAUUGGGAGUAUAGAGAUAGUUUGACCCGAGCCGACCAAGGGCCGCAUUGUUAUCCCUACUGGAUUGCAUCGAUCAGAGGGAAUGAUAUCAUUGAUACCAAAUGUCUGGGCAUACAACCAACCUGGAUGAAUGAUAAUAGAAUGCAAAUUGGGAUACAAAAAAUCGGGAAUUUGUUCAUUCCGGGAACACAUAAUUCGGGAGCAUAUGUUGGCGUGCCAAAAAUUUUGGAAAAUUAUAUUUUAAACCAGGACAGAAGCAUCUGGACUCAGUUAGUGCACGGAAUUAGAUAUCUUGAUUUGCGAAUUGGCUACUAUGAAAAUGAAGGCUUCUACGUGAACCACGAUCUAGUCAGGAUAACAAAAGUGGUACAGAUUUUUAAAGAAAUCCGAAAAUUUGUACAAUUGGCACCUAAAGAGAUUAUAGUUGUUGACUUUCAUCGUUUUCCGUACCCUUCAAGUUUCAACUCGACUUUACACGAAAAAUUUGUGUCUUUGGUUUAUGAUUAUUUGGGAGAUUUGGCGUUACCUCCAGGUGGUCUCCAAGUCGGUAAAGGGCCAACAUUGAAUGAAAUUUGGGCCCAAAACAAAAACGUGAUAAUUUGUUACGCCGAUAAGGCCAUAGCUAGAGAAAAUUAUUGGUUAUGGCAACCUUUAUAUCAACAUUGGGCCAAUACGAAAAAUGUGGACUCUCUAAAGAGUUUUCUGUCGCGGGCUAUUAAAGAGCAUCGGGUGACUCUAAACCCAAUGUUUGCCCUAAUGGCCGAACUAACCCCUCAACCCAUUGAUUUAUUUUUCCGUACUAACAAUCUGCGUAAACUUGCAAAUGAUGUAAACCGAAAAGUCACAAUCUGGUUUCGCGAUGAGUGGGCCAGGGAUGUUAAUAUAGUUGCGACUGAUUAUUUUUUGGGCAAUGAUAUUAUAAAUGUGGCCAUUGAGGCGAACAACAAUCGAUAAAAUUGGUAGGAAAAUUGAUCCGAGCUCAGGGAGUGGAGACAAGAAUAAUCUAUCCAACUUAAUGCUUCUUUUGUAAUCCAAUAAAACACGUUUUUAAAUUAGA